GUACGACGGGAAAGCGGACAUCACCUCUUGUAUUAGUUCCAUGCGGUCAUACUUCGAGGUCAUGCGGAUACCGCAAGAGGACCGAAGUAUGAUCAUAUGGACUAAUAUUGAGCCCGCCGUACGGAAUUACAUCGAGCUCCAAGCUGUUGUUGCAGGUUAUGAACGAAUUGACCUGACUGAGUGGUUGAAGGUAACCCCUGUACGCACCCUUGAGGACCUUCUCAUCGCACGAUACCAAGACAAGCAUGCUGCACUCAAGGCUAGGCUGAAGCUUGAGGCCCUCAAGGGUCAAACAUGGAGGUCCUCCAUGCAAGCUUUGGAACAACAUUUGACUGGUCUGUUCACUACUCCAGACCUGGGAAUGACUGAUGUGUCUUGUAUGGAUGUAGUCAUGGGAGUGGCCCCUAAAGAAUACCUCUCCCUGUUGGCACUCAAAGACCAUACCACCUGGCGAGAGCUCAUGACGGAUCUAGUCAACCUAGAGGCCAAGGACCUCGCCAGGCGGAAGAAGGCGCCCGCUGCAGGUGGGAAACCACAACGCAAGUGGUUUGGAAGCAGCAACCAGCUUGCACUGCAUGAUCAUCGGGAGGCUGAAGAUCAGUCCUAUGCGGAUGAUCUGUCUCUAGAUGACGAUCUAGAGCCGGACUCCAAUAUGGGCUGUUCCACAUCAGCCAUUGAGUCCGACGUCAACGAAGAUGAAAAACUGAAUGCUUUCAAGUUUAGGAAGACUGCUUCAAACAAGGGGCCUAACCGUGGUUUGGGUAGGGGAACUGUUGUCCACCUCCCCAAGAAUGCAAGGAUCCCUGAGAAACCGGAGGAUGCAUCUACCAAGCCUUGGGAAACCCUCCGUGUGCGCGUCACCUUUGACAAGGACCGCACUGUCACACAUGAGCUCAACUUCUAUGUCCUGAACAAGUGUCCGUUUGACGCGGUCAUUGGCUUGGGCUGGUUAAAGGCUCAUUGCCUAAGGACCACGUGGGCGGACAAUCAGUUCGUGGAUGAUCCUCCACCGGAAGUCCCAACAAACAGUCGUCAGCUAUUAGAUCGAUUCCCUGAAGUUUUGGCCGAACCUCGUGGAGUUCCCGAGCGUCCGGUCGAACACAAAAUCGAGAUAAUAGAGGGGAGUAUUCCUCCAAAGGGCUGCGUCUAUCGUAUGGGACAAGGCGAGUUGGAGGAGUUGAGGAGGCAGAUUGAUGAUAUGAUUGAUCGUGGAUGGAUUAGGCCCAGUGAGUCUGAAUUCGGCGCACCUGUCCUGUUUGUGCCAAAGAAAGGAGGCAAACUCCGGAUGUGUAUUGACUAUCGUGGCCUUAAUCGGAUCACAAGAAAGAAUGCUUACCCUUUGCCUCGCAUAGAUGAUCUGCUAGAUGCGGCAGGUGGGUGCAAGGUCUUCUCCAAGAUCGACCUCAAAUCUGGUUACCACCAAAUCGAAGUCGAUCCGAGUGACCAGCACAAGACUGCAUUCAAAACACGCGAUGGGCUGUACGAGUUCAUCGUUAUGCCCUUCGGUCUUACGAAUGCACCGGCCACCUUUCAGUGCCUCAUGGAUAAGGUACUUCGCCAUCAACUCAACAGAUUUGUGGUUGUGUACCUUGACGAUAUCCUGAUCUUCAGCAAAACCAUGGAAGAGCACCUCAAGCACCUUGAGAAAGUUUUGCAGGUCCUCAAGGAGGCGCAGCUGCACCUCAACUUAGAGAAAUAUGAGUUUGGGAGGGACGGCGUCAUCUAUUUUGGACACCGGUUGUCUGCAAACGGCCUUGAGCCGGAGACAACCAAGGUUGAGGUCAUCCGAAACUGGCCUCAACCAGCGAACGUACACGAACUGCGUUCUUUUCUUGGUCUAGCCUCGUAUUACCAGAAUUUUGUGCCCAAAUUCUCUGUCAUUGCUCACCCUCUCUCCAGACUAACAAGCAAGAAUGUUGCCUAUGCGUGGUGUGAGAAGUGUGAGACUGCGUUCCAAGCCUUGAAAGAGGCAUUGGUAUGCCAAAGAACCAAGGUCCACAGGCAUAAGCCUUAUGGCCUGCUGAGACCCCUCCCCAUUCCUGAUGGACCCGGUGAGUCGAUUUCCAUCGACUUCACGGACAUGGGAAAGGUGAGUGCAGCUGAAAAUUCACAAGUCACGGUCAUCGUGGACCGUUUUUCUAAAUUUCUGAACUUGAUUCCUUUCCCUCCCCAUGCCCCGGCUGAACUUGUCAUUGAAGAAUUCCAUCAGCAGUACAUUCUGCAGUUUGGCGUCCCGAAAACUAUUGUGAGUGAUCGGGACACCAGAUUCAUUAACAAAGAUUGGAAGGACUUCACCUCUAAGAUCUGUGACAUUAAACUGAACAAGACUUCUGGUCGACACCCCGAAGCCAAUGGACUGGCUGAGGAGAUCAACCAGACUGUCAUCCAACUACUUCGCGCAUUGAUUGUUCCAGAUCAGAACACGUGGGACAAGGAGUUGCACAAAGUGAAGGGACUGCACAACAACCCCAUUCACUCUGCAACUGGUGUGACACCAAACCAGGUACAAUAUGGAUGGCCAAUGCGUAAUCCCCUCUCCUAUCUGUUCCCUGAGCGGUCACCUAGUCUGAUGCCCAGCAUGCCUGGCUACAAUGCCAAGUACGCACGCUUGCUCAAAGCUGUUAUUGCAGCUAUGAACAAGCGUCAGCAUGCCAUGAUCAAACAUGCUAACAAGUUGUGCAAAGAAGAAAAGUUCAAAGUAGGGGAUUAUGUUUGGGUUAAAAUGUCGGAGUUUUCUAAUGAAGAGGGCAUAUCACGAAAACUCCUUCCAUUGUACUAUGGCCCUUGGUAGAUUCUGAAGGUGAUUGGGGAUGAUUUUGGUCCUUCAUAUGUGAUUGACGUG